GGUUGCCUUGGAGGCGGACCCACGUCUCGCUAGGGGAAGAACCUACGGUUCUGCGGCCCGUAGCCUGCAGCCCCGGAAGCGCAUCCUCGCCUCGCCUUCCUGUUCCCGGCGGUGCCCGGCGGUGCCCGGCUCCGCUAGUGCUCACUAUCCCAGCGUCCGCGGCGCCGGUGCGAACAGGACUGCAGUUGGGAUUCUCACGCCCCUCAGACGGCCACAGACUCGGGUCUCUGAAGAGUCAGCCUCCUGGUCUCCUGACAGCUUCUUAAAGGAGCAGUGUGAGGAAGACAAGCACCUCGUGGACAAAGCCACCUGCCAAGCACUUACAGCCACCAUGCCCAAGAGAAAGGCAAAAGGAGAUGCUAAAGGUGAUAAACCAAAGAUGAAGGAUGAGCCACAGAGGAGAUCAGCACGGUUGUCUGCAAAACCUGCCCCUCCAAAACCAGAGCCCAGGCCUAAAAAGGCCUCUGUAAAGAAGGGAGAGAGGCUUCCCAAAGGGAGAAAGGGAAAAGCAGAUGCUGGCAAGGAUGGGAACAAUCCUGCAAAAAACAGAGAUGCCUCUACAGUCCAGUCCCAGAAAGCAGAAGGCACUGGGGAUGCCAAAUGAAAUGUGCACUUAUGAUAGCUCUGUACUUCUAGUGACUCUAGUGUUUGAAAUACUAUUUUUUUUAAUCAAGUUUUAUAAAAAUGUAGAACUUUGAGGGUUUUUUAUGUUGUUAGCAUACAGGAUACUUUGUUGUUCUUUGUGGAAAGGGCAAAUACCACUAAUAGAAUGUGUCUCAGAAA